AUGUCUAUCCUAUAUAUUACAGUGACUGUAGGACUGAUAGCCGGAGUGUUUGGUCUGUUAAUAUCGGUCGUGGGUCUGGUGGGUAUCAUCAAAGAGAUCAAAUGGAUUGUCAUAACACUACUGGUGCUGCAAAUCAUCGCAAUUAUCCUAAACUUUGUGGGCGGUGAGGUGGGCGCCGGCGUAUGGGGUAUUGUGUGCGCUAUACUGACCGCAGUAUUCCUGCACCUCAUCAUACAGAAGCAAAAGGAGGGCUCACCCGAUAAUCUGGCGUAG